GAGCCAAGAACGGGGAAGAAACCCAGCCCAGUCUCCCCACGCAUCAGACAAAAGAACGCAAAUCUCGUGCAAUUGCGCAAUCGACCUAAGCCAUAGCCGACCCAAAAGUCGCACCGAUUGUAGCUAGUCCAGCACGCCCGCCGACGGGAGAGUGCCGUGGAGAAAGCACGCCCGCCAUAGGCCAUGCAGUAUAUACUGCCGUCAUUUGCGGACCACCCUCCACAGCAGAAAUUUCGGGGCCCUGCAUUCCACUUAUUUAUAAACAAGUCUCCUUUCGUGUACACACUGAACCCUUGAACUUCCAGUCGCUCUGUGAAACUGCAACUACAUCCACGAGCCGGUGCCGCCCACGACAGCUCCAAACGAAAGAGCCGAUUGCGCAAUUGUCCCCGCGACUGCCAUUGUUCACACCCGUCGCUAUACAUCGCGGGAUCUACCUCUCACAACCUCACAUCACUCUUUCAGCAUGGCUAACGCACCCCAUGGCGGCGUCCUCAAGGACUUGAUCGCGCGCGAUGCGCCGCGGCGCGAGGAGCUCUCCGCGGAGGCAGAGAAGCUGCAGGCUAUUGUCCUCACCGAGAGGCAACUGUGCGACUUGGAGCUCAUCCUGAACGGAGGUUUCUCGCCGCUAGAAGGCUUCUUGAGCGAGAAGGACUACAAUGGUGUCGUCUCGGACAACCGCCUCGCAGAUGGAGCUCUGUUCUCCAUGCCCAUCACGCUCGACGUGUCGCAACAGACGAUAGAUAACCUUGGCAUCAAGGCCGGCGCCAGAGUCGCACUGCGCGACUUCCGUGAUGACCGGAACCUGGCCAUCAUCACUGUUGAGGAUGUCUACAAGCCGAACAAGGAGAAGGAGGCCAAGGAAGUCUUCGGCGGCGACCCAGAGCACCCCGCUGUCAAGUACCUCUACGAGACUGUCCAGGAAUUCUACGUCGGCGGCAAGCUCGAUGCGAUUGACCGCUUAGAACACUACGACUACGUUGGUUUGCGAUACACUCCCGCAGAGCUCCGACUCCAUUUCGACAAGCUUGGCUGGUCCAAGGUCGUCGCUUUCCAGACCCGUAACCCCAUGCACCGCGCUCACCGUGAGCUUACCGUCCGCGCUGCCCGCGCCCGCCAGGCCAACGUCUUGAUUCACCCAGUCGUUGGUCUUACCAAGCCUGGUGACAUCGAUCACUUCACCCGCGUCCGCGUCUACCAGGCGCUCCUUCCCCGAUACCCCAACGGCAUGGCUGUCCUGGGUCUGCUGCCUCUAGCUAUGCGUAUGGGUGGUCCUCGCGAGGCCAUCUGGCACGCCAUCAUCCGCAAGAAUCACGGUGCGACCCACUUCAUUGUCGGUCGUGACCAUGCUGGCCCUGGAAAGAACUCCAAGGGCGAGGAGUUCUACGGCCCGUACGACGCACAGUACGCCGUCGAGAAGUACAAGGACGAGCUCGGGAUCGAGGUCGUGCCCUUCCAGAUGAUGACCUACCUCCCUGACUCGGACGAGUACAAGCCCAAGGACGAGGUCAAGGAGGGCAUCCGCACCCUGGAUAUCUCUGGAACUGAGCUCCGGAAGCGCCUCCGCACUGGCGCGGAGAUCCCCGAAUGGUUCUCCUACCCGGAGGUUGUCAGGGUUCUCCGCGAAUCCCACCCGCCGCGCAGCAAGCAGGGUUUCACUGUGUUCCUGACCGGUCUCACCAACUCAGGCAAAGAUGCCAUUGCCCGCGCUCUGAAUGUCACCCUCAACCAGCAGGGCGGCCGCUCCGUGUCGCUCCUCCUCGGCGAGAACGUCCGUUCGGAGCUCUCCGGCGAGCUCGGCUUCUCCCGCGAAGACCGCGACCGCAACAUCGGACGCAUUGCCUUUGUGGCCUCGGAACUGACCAAGGCGGGUGCCGCCGUCAUCGCCGCGCCCAUCGCGCCCUUCGAGGAUGCCCGCAAGCACGCCCGCGAGCUCGUGGAGAAGUACGGCUCCUUCUACCUCAUCCACGUCGCGACCCCGCUCGAGUAUGCCGAGAAGACGGACCGCCGCGGCAUCUACGCCAAGGCGCGCAACGGCGAGAUCAAGGGCUUCACCGGCGUUGAUGAUCCUUAUGAGACGCCCAAGAAGGCCGACCUCACGGUUGAUAUCUCCCAGAGCAAUGUGCGCACCGCAGUGCACCAGAUUGUCCUUCUGCUUGAGGCGGAGGGUCUGCUUGACCAGUUGUAAGCGUGUGCUGGGUUGUGAGUUAUUACUUUGAAUGAUGGCAUGACACACAAACGAACGUUGUUAUUUCUUUUCGGCUUGGGUACUGCGCAUAGACUGGGUGUGAUGUGAUGGCAUUCGACUUGGCUCUUGGCGCACAAGACACAUUUGCGGAUGGACUGGACGUCUAGAUAAGGUUCCUGCAUUAGAGGGUGCCCCGUGGGGGAUUGCCCUUCCACGCGAGCUAAUAUAAAGCGAAAUCUAUGGACGA